CCGCGGAUGGGAUUAGGCCCGAAGAUGCAAAGGUGGCCAGCAUGCGUGACUGGCCACGACCCCAGUCUGUGACUGAGGUCAGAUCGUUCUUGGGAAUGUGUGGUUAUUAUCGCAACUUCGUAAAGAACUAUAGCAUGAUCGCAUCUCCCUUGACCGAUCUAACUCGACUUGACACACCAUGGGACUGGACCGACGAGUGUGAGGCAGCAUUCAAACGUUUGAAGCAUACUCUCACACACCAUGAGCUUCUCAUGGUACCCGAUCCACAAAGGCCAUUUGUUGUAACCACUGACGCAAGCCAAUAUGGCAUUGGCGCAAUGAUGGCUCAGCAGGACGGGAAGAAGUUGAGACCGGUCGAGUACAUGAGCAAAAAGAUGCCAUCAAAGAAGUUGGCAAAGUCCACCUACGAGAGGGAACUCUAUGCUCUCUACAAGGCACUUGUCCACUGGAGGCACUAUCUGUUAGGGAGGUUCUUUUAUCUGAGAACUGACCACCAGACUCUCAAGUGGAUCAAGACGCAACCGGUUCUUUCUAAUGCACUCAAACAAUGGAUUGAAGUCAUAGAUCAGUAUGACUUCAAACUAGACUAUGUGAAGGGAGAGUACAACAAGGUUGCAGAUGCGUUGUUUAGAAGGGCAGAUUACAUGGGUGCGCUGAUUGCUGAGUUUGGCUUAUCUGAGGAUGUAACUCGAUCUAUGGAGGAAGCCUACAAGGAAGAUCCCAUCACGAUGGACAUCAUCAACAAACUUCAGGCUAAAGAUAAGGCCACUACUGAUAAGUUUGUGAUUGUGGAUGGGUUGCUCUUUCUUGAGAAGGCAGGAUUUAAGAGAUUAGUUGUUCCAUCUAGGGAAGAUUUGCGCAGUUUGUUUCUAGGAGAAUGCCAUGACGCAACAGGACACUUCGGCUAUAAGAAGACUAGUGCUAACUUAGUACAACGAUUUUGGUGGCCUAACAUGCUGGACGAUGCAAAGAACACCAUCGGCGUCAGUCCUAAUCAACUGCAUCUGGGGUGGAAGCCUAGAUCUGCUCUAGACUUCAUCCUGCCUGAGAACCGAACUACUGCAACUCCUGGAACCAUUGAAUUUGGUGUCCAGUAUGAGAAACUGUUGCAGCAGACUAUCGAACACCUCAAGAAAUCUCAAGAAGCUAUGAUUGCUUCUAAGAACAAGCAUCGCCGACAGUCCACAUUUCAGGUAGGGGAACGUGUCUGGGUCAAGGCUAGUGAAUUGGGACAGGAGUUUGGCAUCUCUAGGAAACUAAUGCCUCAAUAUUUCGGUCCCUGGGAAGUCCUAGACAUUGUGGGGAAUGAUUUGGAUGGACCCUCGUACGUUAUCCGUAUCCCUGGUCACUUACACACUUACCCUGUUUUUCAUGCCUCCAAGCUUGCACCUUUCGCUGAGACAGCACAGUUCCCAUCAUGGAGAUCUAUGCUGCCCCCAACCAUGGAUAGCCACGUGGAUGUCGACUAUAUCCUGGAUCAUAGAGACACGCCUGUUCCCAAGCCACCUGGCAGGGGAAGACCUCCAAAACCUGCGAGGGAAUACAUAGUACAUUUCAGGCAUCAUACAGAUGCGAAGGAAGAUCGAUGGAUCUCAAGGGAGGAACUUGUCAAGACAGCUCCUCAAAUCGUGGCAGAUUAUGAGAAGAGGUUAAAAGGGAAGGCACCAGCAUGAAGCAUCUCAGCGAACUUUCUAAG